CAUUCGGGAGUUUUGAUGUCAUUAUACACAACUUGUUCUCGUUCUGCUUUUUUUUUCUCUUCCCUUGUCUUUGUCUUUGUUUAUUUUGCUUGGGGGGACCACCCCCCCUUAUCUUGUGUCCGCCUUUUUGGCCUGUUUCCAUUAGAGAGUUGUUGUUGUAUCAUCCAGCUGCAGACCUUCCCUUGGUUAAUCAUGCAUUUGCUAUUCUCCAUGACUGCUUGUCCCCUUCCCAUCUAUCUACCUGGUGAUGCUAUUCUCUUGGUCUAGAUAUAGUCUGUGUGUGAAAAGACUUGAAGUCUGGGGGUAUAUACUCUUGACCCUACUUUACAAGAUAACGGAGUCUAUUGAGUGUGGAAGGUCUUUGAUGCCUGUUCCACGCAUCACUUUCUUAAUCUGGUUGUGGAAUGAUGGUAUAGUGUUCCCAAACAGGACCUUGUUGACUUCUUGGAGACGACGGGCUGGGGUAUGCGUUUCUCAUCCUUCGUUCGACCGGUUCUCUCGGGGGCCAGAGCAUGAAGUCCCAAUUCCCAUCGUUCCAUUGAACCAGCCGUUGUUUCUUCUGUCCCAUCCGACUUCAUUGCCGCCCCCAGAAAGCCGCGAUGGCAACCCCGGACGCUAUCCUCCGACAGUCCCCCGGCAUACCCCAACCGGCGCCCGCCCCUCGUUUGUCGCUCAUGUUUGGGGUCCGCUCCCCCUUUCUCGAUGAGGCGUCUCGGUAGGACCGUUUGGGUUUAUCUGUCGUCUCCUUCGUCGCCGUCGACGACGGGAUACAGCGAGGGUCGUGUCGAUCCGGUCUCCUUUCUCGAGUUGGCGCCCGCUCUGCCCCGUCUCGAGGAUGAUCACUGCUUCAUAACCCGGGUUAAUCGAGAGAAGCAUCCAGACUGUGUCUCUCUGACGUCGGUGUUGUCAAUGUUGUCGCCCGGCUGCGAGGUGAAAUCAACUGGUCCGGUUGUCGACCGCCCAUUCUCGACCUCGUCGAGGUGAAGCCUAGUCGGAGAAAGAGAUUGCCUGGGGGAUCGAGGCUACAUUCAACUCUUUAAGUAAGCUCCCUGACGGAGCACUUCAACUUUGACCCCCGGGAGCCACAGACUGCUAAAGCAUGAAGUCCCAACCGACAUGCCUCCCGUACUGAAGCAAACCCCCCCUCCCCACGGCUCUAGCCCGGGUGGCUAAGCGGCGAUCCCUCAAUACGCGUAUUCGAAAGAGUCAUGGCCUCAUCCCUCAUUGGCUCGGACAAUGGCCGGAUACGCGUAUUGCCCGUAUUUGCCGUAUCCCUCAAACUGUAAGCCUCCUUGGAAGCCCCGAUCAACGACGACACACGAACAGGCCGUCGAGGGCGACGGAAGGGUCGGGGCGCGCGUACGUAAGAAAGGCAUGGCUCGGUCUAUCACUGGGGGGAGCGGUCGUCGGGAUACAUGUAUUCCCGCAAAACCAAGACUUAUCCAGAAAGCUUCAUUGAGGAGAUCGCCCCCCCCUGACCCCCCAGGUUCUCCAUUGCGAUUUACGCCUUUUGGCUGCUUGCUACGUGUAUUCCAAGUGGUCUCAAGCCUGACAACUCACCAGACCGGCCGGGUGUACAUCGAUCGAAGUGCGUCGUCCAGGCUUGGCCAGCGCCCGUCACGACAAAUCAUGUACCGGCGCUCUCACAAAAAGUCCCGAAAGGGGUGCGCGGAGUGUAAGCGACGCCACAUGAAGGUAAGUUCUCUUUAAACCCCCC